AUGCAGUCGGAUUAUUUAACUGAUACAUUAUCAGUUUACUUAGAAUCAUGUGAGCCCUUAUCAGUUACUGACAAUGACCCUUCUCACAAUGUAGAUGAACCAAAUACUGGUCCCCUUGUUGACCCUUUUACCUAUAUUGUCUUAACUGAAUCCUCCGAAGUGAGAGAUUAUAACUAUGUGCAAAAUAUCAAAUGUUCAUCAACUUGGAGAAGUACCCGAAAGGUUACAAUGAAUCAAAAAACUGAUACCAAAUUGGUUGCAAGAAAGAGCAAAAGAGCUUCUGGAAAGAAGCCAAUGUUAGAUUUAUUAUCUGCAGAUGUUGGAAGAAGAAGAAUAAGUGCUUGGGUGUGUUCUGAUGAUUGUCAUAAAUGGAGAAGAAUAUCAGGUAUACUUGCAGAUUCUAUUGAAUCCACAGAAUGCAGAUGUUUCAAGGUCUCGAGCUCUGUACACACUGCUCUAAUAGAAGCAUUUGGGAAGUUCUAUCGAAGCUCAAAAUAG